AAAGAAAAGAAUAUGAAAAAUCAAAACAAACUAUGAUUUAAUUAAUGAGUUAAAAUAUUUAUUAUGCGCAUGCAAUUAAAUACAAAUGAUUUUAUAUUGAUGAGUGAUUAAAAGUUGUAAACAAAAAUAAUUUUAAAUAAAAAGCAGUGCUUAUUCUAUUUAAAAAAAUUAAUACCGUUUAUCGACAAUUUAUAAGAAUUCCUCUGUGAACAAAAUAAAAUAUAAAGUAUGAAGUAAUAAUUGGCUGAGACGACACAAUAAGCAAAUAAGCACUUUGAUUAUCUUCGAGACAUAAAAUUUGUUGCUAAAAAUGACUUUAGAAUUUGUUUGAAAAAAUUAUUUUUAUAUACUCGAACUGUGCCUAUCGAUGACUUAAUUUCUGUAAUUUGGCAUUCGGUUUCUCACCAGCAACAGCACGUUUUUGACAUUUAUUUGCAUCACGUGCGCGAUGAUUAAUCCAUUUUAAUUUAUAAAAAAUGUGCACUCUCACAAAAAAAGCUACUAUACGUUGUCGAUGCGAUUUACAUGGCCCAUCAAUAUUAAAGUACUCUGGAUAAAGUUCAUUAAUUUUUAGUGUAAUUUCGUAUAUUAAUCUCUUAGCAACAUUUUUUUCAUGGCAAAUAUGUUCAAAAUGACAUUGAAAAGAAGUAUAAGCUGUGUCAAUAACAUUAUUAAAAAAAUCGGAAGGAAUACAAAGAUUACCUAAUUGAUUCGAACUAUUAAAAACUUUAUAUGCUUUAAAAAAUAUCAAAAGAUCAUUAUUUUUUUCAAAAUUUCUAUUUUCUCUUGUAAAGGCAGUUACACAAUCUGAGCAUUUGAAUUUUGCAAAACAUUUUGUAGCUAUAUAACCUGCAACAUAUUUUACUGAGCAAUUAUAUAAAGAUGCUGAUUCAUUGUCAUUAUUUAAAAUACUAUUGGCUUUAUCUGAAUGAUUCUCUAAACUGGAUGUAGUACUAAGAUUACUAAGAUUACUGACACUUUCUACUAAGUUAUGCAUAUCUGCAGACACUAUUUCAUCGGCAGGCAAGUCAAUACGAUCCUCAAUUACUGUACAUGAUUCAUAAUCAGCCUGACAGGAGCUGCGUUUUCGCGGUUUUUUCCUAGUCAGAAAAAUAUGGUUGUCGCAACCAAUACUUUUGUAAAACCUCCUUACACACUCAUUAUUCAUUUUCUUGUCAUUUAUUUACUUUCAUUAUUGUUAAAAAGUAUAUUUUACAUAAUAUACUGCAUGAAUGAUGAAUCGUCUGCUUGUGCGUGCUCAUAUGCGCGCCAAGCUGUAGGAAACUCAUAGGUGGCGCCGCCGAGCGGUUGGGUAACAGAACUAACGGCCUGUUACCCAAGCUUUCGUCCCCCCAUUUUAACCCAGAACCGUUCUUCUAUAGGAAGUCUAUAUUCGUUGUCUAUAUAUACGCACGUAUUAUUGUUCCUUGGUUGACUUGCCUCUCAUCUCGAUCUCGGAGAUUUGCGCCGUUUGUGUUGUGGAUUAUCGCUCGCUGUCGCUGAUCAUCGUCUCGCCGAGAGAACGAGUCACCGAUAAUUGCAACGACAAAAAUUAAAAACACCCACGCACGCGCACACACACUGGUAUGCGUGCGCGGCGCGUGUGAUAUGCCGGGAUUGGAGCACGGCUACGGCUUCCAGCACAGCAGCUGUACAUCCGCGUUAGGCCUACUAAUGUCCGAUGGUGUCGCCAGCUCUGAGCAAGUGAAAAAGUUCUUUUUCACGUCGCGGGGCCAUCAAGCUGCAGCAACAGCAUCGCCAUCGACGUCUCGAACAAGCGCCAAAGAGGACGACGAGGCAGACGUUGAUGAUCUGCGAGACGACGACUGUCUCGAAGUCUACAUUCCCGAGUUGCUUCAAGCAAGCUACAGCUUCUAUACCUGGCCAUCGGCUCCAGUUUUGGCUUGGUACUUGUGGGAACACAAAAAGGAGCUUGCUGGCAAGAGAGUUUUAGAACUUGGAUCAGAUACCUCUUGGGAUUUUAGGUACAGCCCUUCCUGGAAUAGUAGCAAGUAAAUGCGGUGCUCUAGUCACAUUGAGUGAGUCUGCAACUUUACCCAAGAGUUUGCAACAUCUGAGAAGAAGUUGCGAGCUCAACGGAGUUUCAUCUCAAGUAAAAGUUGUUGGCAUUACUUGGGGAUUCUUCUUGUCCAGUUUAUUCUCACUUGGACCUUUAGAUCUUGUAUUAGGGUCGGAUUGUUUCUACGAUCCUUCUGUUUUCGAAGACAUUGUUGUAACCGUUGCAUUUCUCCUGGAAAGAAAUCCGUCUGCAAAAUUUCUUUGCACUUAUCAAGAGCGCAGCGCUGACUGGUCUAUCGAGCAUUUAUUGAACAAGUGGGGUUUGAAUUGUUCCCAUAUAUCACUGGCAAAACUUGGCGCGGACGCUGGAAUCGACAUCCACGAACUGAUGCAAGAUCAUACCAUUCAUUUACUGGAAAUCAAGCGAGUUUGACUAGAGUAAUUUGCGUGACAUGGCUUCUAAAAUUGCACAAGCUUUGACAUCAGCAGCAACAACAAGCAUCAACAGCAGGAAGCCUACACUUUAUAUAACUAAUCUUGCUUGGACUGUAGGAAAUAAGGAACUCAAAACAUACUUUAAUAAUUUUGGUGAAGUGACUAGAGUUAAUGUAGUAUUUGAUAAAAACACUGGCCUAAGCAAAGGGUUUGGAUUUGUAUCAUUCAAAAGCGAAGACGCAACCCAGUCUGUGUUUCAAAAACUGAAUCAUAGUCUAGAAGGAAGGAGAAUCGAAAUAAAACCGAAGGAUUCAUAAAUUUUCGUAUACGUGUAGUAGUAGUAGCAGUAGUUAACAUUGCAGAGAAUAUGGCUGAAAACUUGGAUUUGGAAGCUGUCGCUACAGAGCUUGAAGAAACCUUUAGUAAUGCAGCAUCACACCUUCAAUCUUUGGCAUCCGAGCUUGAUACAGGCCAGCUACUGGGAUUUUAUGGUCUCUAUAAGCAGGCAACUUGUGGGCCAUGCGAUACACCUGCACCCAGUUGGUACCAAAUGCAAGCCAAGCACAAAUGGGAAGCCUGGAAGAGCUUGGGGGACAUGAGCAAGGAGGUGGCAAUGGCAAGUUACAUUCGUGCAGUAGGAAAACUUGAUCCUUUUUGGGAAAAAGAUGCUCGGACAGUUGAAUCAAAGGCUUGGGUAGUUGUGAGUAGACUGCCUAAUACAGAUACAGAGUUGAAGGAUAUUGACAAAACUCUUUUAGAUUGGGUGAAAGAUUGCAAUCAAGAAAAGGUGAGAAUAUUUCUGUCACAAGGCCCGGACGACAACAGGAAGAAGGAAUUAUACGUUAAGGACGAGAACGGUAUGCUUCCGAUACAUUGGGCCGCUGAUCGAGGCGAUCUCGAAAUUUUCAAGUGUCUCGCCCAUGCUGGAUCGGAUGUCAAUGCCAAAGACGAAGACGGUCAAACUCCUCUGCAUUACGCAGCGUCCUGCGGACACAAGGAAAUAGUGAAAUAUCUUCUGUCCUUGAAUGUUGAAUUAAUCAAAGAUGACAGCGGUAUGUCGCCAAAAGAUGUUGCCGAUGAAACUCUGUCAUCCAUGUUCUGAGCUACCAUCUUGUGAUCACCAAGUCUAUAUAUGUGUUUUUCAAAAUAAAUUCUUAUUUGCCAAAAUGAACUUUCUUUUCCCUCUGAGCGAAAUAAAAAGACAAGAGUAUUUGAAAA